AUGCCAUCAGUCUUGCCUCCAAUCAUCACUCCAGCGCUUCUUGCGUCGAUACGGAGCCAGCCAUCUUUGCCAAGGCAUGUUUGGUACUUUGUUGCCGCUACUACGUUGACCAUACUCAAUCGACCGGACGAGAUACCGCAGAUCUACCAGCAUGUCAUGAGACAUGGAGUUGGUUCUGAAGAUGUCAAGCCAGGUUCAGAUGAACAACUUGCUAUAUCGAGAAAGCUACGGGAGGCGCUCAUCAAAGCAUCGGCGGUUGGAGGAUUGCCGAAGACGAUUAACUCUUUGAUGGAGCUCAAAAAGGUCACGCCUGAGCAUCUCCUGGAUGAGCCGCAUGGAUCUGACAAUUGCAUGACAUCCUCACCAACUGCGCGAUACGUGGACAUACAUGACACAGCUCCGUAUAAAGUGCUGCAGCGAGGCCAAGACUUCUGGAACAAAAUAUACGGCAAGAUUUCAAGACGCAUAAUGGGUCAGAUGGACAGAUGUGGCACAGAAGACUUGGGCUUGACUGUCCGCCUGAUAUAUGGCUACAUUCUGAGCAACACCAAAGUUCUGUCCCCCGUGGAGACGUCGUAUGUCCUUAUUGCCGGCUUGAUACCGCAGGAUGUGAACCCUCAAUUAAAGGGACACCUCCGAGGCGCCCUCAAUGGCGGGGCAUCUGUCGAGGAGGUACGAGCCGUCAGGGCCAUUGUCAUUGAAAUCUGCAAGGCUGCGGGGAUGAGGCAGCUCGGUGACGACAUGCCUGCUGGAUGGGGCUGGCGCAGCGAAGUCUGUUGUCCGUAG